GCAGUGUAGUAGUCUAGGAAUGCAAUUUGAAUAACAACUUCCACCGUACAAUUUCGUAUAGUUGGCGGAACUUCCAAUGUUACCAUUCUUAAUCUGUGUAUCCACAUACAAAUCUUACUCAGUCAAUAAGACCCGACCCAAAAUGAAAGUACCCAUAUCUUGCCCUUCCAACACAAAUAUACUCUCAACAACAUCUGCAUCAAUGAAACCCUUCAAAAUUUUCUCAUCAAUCUAACAAUGGCAAUCUCUCCAUCUCCAUCAUCUCUUUUACUCAUCACCCUCCUCUUCCUCCUUACACCCAUAUACACUCAUUCCAAUACCUCUGAUGCCUUAAUUACUCUCCGAACUGAUCAACCUCCGAUCACAAUCACCCACCGGCGUCAUCCACCUCAACGACUCCCUUCUCCAACGCAUCCUCUCUAUCCCUUCCCCUAAACCUUUCUCUUCCCUCAUUUUCUUUGACGCCAAACAGCUCCACUCGAAAUCCGAUAUCAAUCUAAAAAUUUUAUGCCUCAAUGAACGAAUUCGAUCCUCCGACGAUGAUGGAGUUAAUAGCAAGUGAAGCCAUGUCAGAGAAGUUCUUGGCUGUGAACUCCUUAUGAGGAUCAAUAGCACCUAAUAGAUGAUCAGGUACAACUUUUGUUUUCUCUGGGUGGACGUGUCCAUGCACGUACUAAAUUCUUUUUUAACCAAACGAGUGGACAAAAUGGUCGAGAAAGGACUUGUCAACGAGGUAAGAAACAUGUUCAAUCCUAAAAAUGCAGAUUACUCCAAAGGCAUUCGAAAAGCAAUUGGUGUCCCAGAAUUUGAUCGUUAUUUUCGGGCUGAAUUAUCAAAUUCCGUUGACGAGGAGACCAGAAUUAAGCUACUUGAGGAAGCCAUUAAUGAAGUAAAAAUCAACAACUGUAAAUUAGCAAGCCAACAGUUAGAGAAAAUAAAGAGGUUGAUAAAUGUUAAGGGAUGGAAUAUACUGUUAGGAUAUAUUAGAUAUGCCCUAGAUCCAAUCUCAUAUUUGAUGAUUUAAACAUAUUUUUGUGAAUCUUAUUUGAU